CUGAUGUUUUUUUUAUUUAUUUAUUUUUUCAAGCUGUAGACACAUAGGCAGCAAACUUAAACGUCUAUUCCAUUCUGUUAACAUGUUCAGAUUUUGAAAAGACAUUUAUCAUCACAGUGAUGAAAAUACGGGAAAGGAGUGUGACUAAUUCUCUCAUAAUUCACACCCACUUUUUGUCCUGAACUUUAUCAAAUCUGCUGAUGAACAGUGUGAGGGGAGCGAUUCAUGUUCUUAUCUCAGAAAUGUUCUUACUUAAGCAAGUAACUUCUAAAUGAGCAACGUGUAACAUUUGAAUGAAAUGGUUUUUGUUUGGCAGAAACGGAAGAUAAAAUGAUUAUAGUUCAUUCUUAUUUUUGAAUAACCAACCACCUGAGUGUAUGAUUUGUUGUUUUUCGUUCCCCUAGAAUGAGCCUUUGACUGUAUAUUUAUAUCAGGAGGAUAUUUUGGACCACCGUGUUUUUACAGAAGCCCAAAAUGGAGAAACUAAAGGUCUUUUUUGGAGAAGAGUGAGGCAUGUCAGCAGCUGCGCGGAAACAUCGAUCGUCCACGCUCGCCCGCCAAGCCUUGACGCUUCCGCUCCUCGUGCUCGGUCUCGAUUGCUCUGGCCUCGAUGGAUUCCAGCGUUUUUUCUUUAAGGAACUGUCUUGAGUGAGGCGGUUGUCAACAGGCUGAGCGACAGAAGGAGCAGCUCGAACUACUUGGUACGUGGAAGUGAGCACGCUUCAACGACACCGCACGCUCUCGCUUGACGGGGAAAAAAGCCUCUCGCUCGGGUUCGGGUGUUCGGGGGUUCGGGUGUUCGGGGGUUUUGUUCGGCGUGUCCAGACGAACAUGAAGUCCUGCCCGCACGAAGCUGCCUGAACAACAUGCACAUGUGAAACUUGACUCUUCAGUAAGCAGAUGCGACUCCCAGGCUGGAUUGAAUGGCACUGAGGAUACAAGACUGCCACUCCGUGGGAGCACUGCAAUGACCAGCCGGCGUCCUAGCCAUGCAGACAGCGCUCACUCCAAACAGCCACCUGCCGUGGCCCCCAAGCUCCAUGUACAGCGAUCACUAUCAAAGGAGAACAUCACCAUCCACUUCUCUGCUUUUGGGAAGGAGGAAGAGGAGGAGGAGGAAGAGCUAUACAUUACAACUGUCUCCACUACCUCAGCUGCUCAGGAUGACUCAAGUGUUGUGACAGCCUUGGAAGCAAGUGAGGAGAUGUUUGAAGGCGUUGCACUGGACUCUGCGGCCGAGGUUCCUGUCAGUCCUGAGUCAUCCAACGUUCCUCCCAUGAGUACCCGUCACACUAACGCGUCUCCCACACAACCGACGUCAUCCAAUAGUGCUGAGCAGAAAGGCUCAAUGGCCAACUCUUCUCCUACUAAAUCUUUAAGCUUUCCAUCCACUGAAAAACCAUUUUUAAGUUUGGUUAAGUCUCUUUCAUCUGACACCGAGUCUCGUGAUGGCGCCUCUUCUGCUUCUGCCCCAACACUAAGACACAGGAAACUCAUGAAGUCUUUUGUCAAGUCCUUAUCUUCAGACACCUCCCAGGACUCACCGUCGACCUCCACACCCUACCGCCUUCCAGAACCUCGACUUAACCUGCAACUCUUCAAGCAAUUCACACAGUCCCGAAUGCCGUCUGCUACCACGUCUUCAGCCAGUGACUCAAAAACUGCCCCUUCCUCUCCAUUAACCUCGACAGACAGCCGCAGCUUCUUCAAAGUUUCAGAUGUCGAGGCACGAAUUGAAGACACCAAGCGUCGUCUCUCUGAAGUCAUCGCUGAACCGCUCCAACUGCUGAGUAAGAUCAUGGAUGAAAAGAGCGGCAGCUUAGUUAGCGGAAGCAUCUACAGGCCAAAGGCCCUCUCUGUCAGUGCCACAGAACUCUCCAACAUUACUGAUGUCAAUGGUCAACUGGAGAGCAACAACAAUUACUGCAUCAAGGAGGAAGAAGGAGGCGACUGGGAUGAUGAGAGCCCAAACAGUGGGAUCUCUAGUCUACUUGAACCACUGCUUCCUUCCACUGUUGUGACCAAGAGCCCCAGCAAGCAGUCUUUAAUUUCCAUGUCUUUGGAAAAGUGCUCUAUGUCUGCUUUAGCCAAACAGGAGGAUGACGACUUCUGCAUCCUGUAUAGUGAAAACUUUGAAACUUGCACUGGCAUGGACAGUGAAGCAACUGAUGAUACUGGAACUGUAGGUCAAGCUAAAGUGCCACUGAGUGGCAGCAGUGAACCAUGCAGUGAAGAUGAGUCUGAAAGUAUUGUGUCGAUACCGAGUGUUCCACACUAUACUCUAAUCAUCCUUACUGUAAUGGUGUAUGGCUAUUUUGUAUUACCUCUGCCAAGUUAUAUUGGUGGAAUGCUGCUCGGGAUUGGACUUGGAUUUCUUUUAGCCAUUGGGGUUGUGUGGCUGACAGGACCAAAAGCUUCUGGUGGUUUUCCACGUUCCACACGCCAUCGGAAGCUGUGGAAUCAGACCAAGUUGGACAUCAAAGAACCAGAGAUUUAUAAGUGCUGGAUGAACGAGAUAUCAAACUAUGACCCAGAGACGUACCACGCCACACUGACGCACUCGGUGUACGUCCGACUGGAAGGCUCAAUCAUUCGUCUGUCAAAACCCAACCACAACAUUGCCCGCCGUGCCGUGCACAAUGAACCCAAACCUGAUGUGACCUACGUUAGUCAGAAGAUCUAUGACCUCACCAACUGCAAAGUUUAUCUAAUGCCUCAGAACUUGGCCAGGAAGCGCGUAUGGAACAAAAAAUACCCGAUCUGCAUUGAGCUCAGCAAACAGGAUGACUUCAUUUCAAAGGCUGAGGGUGACCGGUGUGAAGCUAAUGAAGGCACCAGUCUAAAGGACAGAGGAGAAGGCAGCGGUGCAGCACAUGACCGUGGAUCGCUGUCUUCUUCCAGUAGAGACCUGACCCUGUAUCUGUUUGGAAGGACUGGCAGGGAGAAGGAGGAGUGGUUCCAGCGCUUUCUUUUGGCUUCCAAACUCAAGGUGGACUUGAGGAAAACAUCAAGUUUGACAGGAAUCCGAUCUCCGAUCUCUCACAGUCGCAACAACAGCCGCAGCAGUCUGGAUGAGGCACUGCUAUCUCAGCCCAGGCCCAAGGACUCCUCCGUCCCCUCAGCAGCAGCAGCAACAACAGCAGCAGCAGCAGCAGCAGCAGCAGCAGGUGGUGCAAAAACCAAGCCGUUGUUGGACUACAGUGUCUACAUGGCCACUUUGCUGCCAGACCAGGCAACAGUCGCUCCGUCAACUGCCAGUCCCGUUCUCCAGAGUCCUCAGAGCAGCCCUGGAGCUGAUAAGAAGCUCCAGAGCACCACAUCAGCUCAGGUGCAGCCCCAGGGAGAGGAGGAGUCCGUCGCCUGGGUGAAUGCAGCUCUCGGUCGGGUGUUAUGGGACUUUCUGAGCGAGCCACACUGGGUUGAGUUGGUCUCCAAAAAGAUUCAGAUGAAGCUCAGUAAGAUACGGUUGCCUUACUUCAUGAACGAGUUAACCCUGACAGAACUGGACAUGGGCUCAGCUACUCCCAGAAUCCUUGCAGCAUCCAAGCCUUUUGUUGACUAUCGAGGUCUGUGGUUUGACCUGGAGAUUUCCUACAGCGGCUCCUUCCUGAUGACGCUGGAGACGAAGAUGAACCUGAUUCGUCUGGGCAAAGAGGGAGAAAACCUGCGUUUGGGGGAGUUUGGCAAAGACGGAUACAGGCCAAGGACAUACUGUCUGGCCGACAGUGAUGAAGAGUCGUCCAGCGCAGGCUCAUCAGAUGAGGAAGACUCCUCUGAACUGUCAAAUGACUCUGCCGGAGUGGAGGGUUUUGUUGGAGGCCACAAGCCGAGCAAGAUCAUGCGCUUCGUGGACAAGAUAACCAAGUCCAAAUACUUCCAGAAGGCCACAGAGACGGAGUUCAUCAAGAAGAAGAUGGAGGAAGUGUCCAACACGCCCCUGCUGCUGACCGUGGAGCUGCAGGAGCUGCAGGGAACGCUGGCUGUCAACAUUCCCCCUCCACCCACCGACAGGAUAUGGUAUGGCUUCAGGACGCCACCUCACCUGGAGCUGAAGGCUCGACCCAAACUGGGAGAAAGAGAAGUGACGUUUGCUCAGGUCACCGACUGGAUAGAGAAGAAACUGGACCAGGAAUUCCAGAAAGUCUUUGUCAUGCCAAACAUGGACGACUUGUGGCUGACCAUCAUGCAUCACGCCAUGGACCUACGCACAGCCAGUGGACCUUUAGUCGUCCCCACAGUGGAACCAGAGUCCACGCAGCCACAGGGGGACGGGUCUGGCUCUGGCUCCGGCUCUGGCUCCGGCUCCGGCUCUGGCUCCGGCUCCGGCUCUGGCUCUGGCUCCGGCUCCGGCUCCGGCUCUGGCUCCGGCUCCGGCUCCGGCUCUGGCCAGUCAUGAAGAUAGUUUACAGCAUUCCUGGAGCGUGGAAAUGUCAGACACUGUAAAAACCACCACGUUCCCAGAGUGAACGGUCGGUGCGUGUCUCACUUCUAUAGACGAGAGGUUGAAGGACCAAUGAUACACAAACUGAUGUUUGCUGCUCUGUUCACAAGUAUUUAUGGUACCAGACAAACAGGUGAUUUAGUCUCUGAAGGAUUUAUUAAACAUGACGUGUGAAGAGAGUCAUGUUGGGCUCAGAUAUUUGGGGGUGGUUUAAUGUAAUAAAAUAGAAUAUAUAUAUAUAUAUGAGGAUAUUUAACUUUAUAAUGUCUCAUGAUGAACACUGAUGUGGGAGCAUUCACCAGAUACCUUACAGCCUGUUUCUGCUCAGGCCUCAAAGUCAAAUAAAGCAACAGAAAUGCAGAGAUUUA